CGUGAUCUGAAAAAGAUUUAUGUUACAAUUUGUCAAAUAACUGACUAAUAAUCGUCACCAAAACCCCAACCUAACUGAACUGCGAAGCUUUCCCAACAAGUUCAAGUUAUAGUUUAAAUACUGACUUACAGGAGCUUUUCUCUCAGAGUGCUAUUGAUAUGAGAUGUGUGUCCAAUGCAAGAGCUGCUCUUUUAAUACUACAGGGGAGUGUAACAACAAAAGCAGUGCUCAAAGGAUUGGAGAACAAAUUAAAGACACUUUCUGUUCUUGCUGCCAAGCCGAUUGUUUACAAUGAUUGUUGGUAUUUUUGGUAUUAUGGUUUCUUUCUGACUCACUUGUUCACUUCACAAGCAUCACACAAAAUUAACUCUUUUACGCAGUAAACAUUUAACUUCAGCAAAGUCGCAACUUCACAUAGCAAAUGCCAGAUAUGUAAAACACCGCAGUAGCUCAGUCUGUAGGGUCACAGGUUCAAGUCCAGCACAGAGCACAGUAUGGACUGGUGCCAGUUCCACCUCCUGUGCACUGCAAUGUUGCCCUUGAGCAAGGCACCUAACCCAUUACUGCCCUGUGUGUGCAGAAAUAUAUUUGAGGACUAUGUGUGUAAAAAUAUUUUCCCCCAAUGGACAUAAAUAAAGAAAAUCAUCUUCCUCUGUUGUUUGGGCCAAAAGAGAUGCAUCAUGAUUCAGGUGGCUUGUCACCUGACCUUAGCUAAACAAUUCCCUUAGGAAGCGUUCACAGAUAUUUCUGGCACUGACUGCAACAUAAUAAAACCGGAUCAACGUUACAGGGGUCUCCUGUCAGGUUCAUAUUCAAUUUCAAUUAUUCAUCAGGGAAAUGGCAGAAUUCAUUCUCAACCUUAGGUUUCUUUUUUGUCCCGCUUUAGGGUUGACAGGCAGCUGUUAUUCUUUCCUCAACUCAACAGAUGAACACCACAAUUGUUGUGUUAUAGGAACAAUUAUAUGGUGUUAACGUUAUAAAAGACUGUUCGCUGGUCAGAACAUCAGUCCGAUAAGAACAGGUUGGUUACAGUAACAGGAUGCUUCCAGGUCGACUUUAAAAACGUUGUUUCGUUAAACAUUAACAUUUACGCGAAUAACUCCCAAUGAUGAUCAGAGAAACAUCUGAAACUGCUGCAGAAAACCGAUCAUCGGCCUUUUAAUAUCUUGUUUUGCCGAACAAGCUAGCCUGAAGUUAGCUGUCGAGGCUAGCUCGUUAGCACUUCCUUUAUGAUUUACUAUAAAAGGUCCUUACAGGCGUUUGUUUGGACACACUGAACUUUGUAUUAGUGUGUCAUUAUUGUAGUAGCAGGUAGUUUUAACGCUACUUCAAUGUCAGAGUUUAAUAAACGACAUUUAAAAACAUUUUACUCACCCUGUCGGUAAACUGCUGUGACGUCAACGUAAACACACCCUCCUGUGAGGACCAGCAGACGUCAACAUAUUAGGUGUCCCGUGUGCCUUACUAAAAAUGUAUAAUUUUUCAAGUUUAACACUGGCUUAUCUAAACGUUUGUAGUUUAUUUGUAGGCUACCUGUAUCACAUAAUGUAAAGAAGCGGUUCCAGUAAAGAACAGAGUUUAAGGCUUUACCGCCUUUUAUUGUUUUCACACAGUCAAACGUCAGGGCAGCUCAUCACCGAGGCGCCAGACUCAAACAAACUGUACGAGGAGUGGUUUGUGAACAAAAAGACAGCUAGUUCAUCAAGUUAGAUAAAAAUAAGUUAGUUUAAAUACGCGUAAAGGAAAGCUGAAAACAUUCCUGUGCAGUUUUAUGAGAGCAGUCCUUCUCUCUCCAUCAUGAAGACUUCCAAAGCAGCUCUGAAGACUUCUGCUCAAGAGGAAUGUGGUGUUUGGCUGGACACUGCGCAACUGAAACAAAAAGCCAAACAGAAACGACUCGCCCGUCCCAUUUCUAAACUGCUGAAUCCCUUCGCUGAAGGUGGAGGAUACAAUUUGGCCGUGGCACUCAACUUCACUCAGACCAAACUGGAAAUGCCAAAGACCAAACAGAGCUCUAUAUCAGCCUUCUUCACAGCUCAGCGCAGAGUUCUCAAUAAGAUGUCUACUUCUGAAGUACCAAUCAUGGAUCCAGCGCUGCCUUCUUCAUCAUCUACCUCGUCCACCUCGUCCACAUGUGCCUGGACUGCACCAACACCUGUAGCAUCAGGAGCAAAACGAAGACGUGAAAUAGAUCUUGAGCCUGGUCUGGAUCGUGACUGGAAAAGUGAGCUUGUUACUGAGCCUGAAGCAGCAGUGUGGCCGGAACAGGCAGCAAGCCAUACACCUUCUCAAAAUGUGUACUGUGAACAUGAAGAAGAGAUGAAUCCACCGCAGAGUAAGAGGAGGAUCACUGCCGCCUCAUCAGUGCCAGGUGACAGUCAACCUCUUCCACUGACGUGGAGUCAGGACCCACUGUUCACCUGCAGCCAGUAUUCUGAAGGUGAAUUUUACCUGACUAACCAGAAAAACACUACAGCACAGAACUUUAGCGACUCAGAGCCGAGUUUCUUUAACAGUCUGCAAAACGAGGAGGCCUUUGGUGUUCAUAUGGAUGUGGAAGGGAGAACCUCGACUCAAAAAUCAUAUAAACGCGUUCGUUGUUCUCAGGAGGAUGAUGAGAAAGAAAACAGCAGGUUUUUGUCUUUUAAGUCCCCAAGUAAACAUUCAGCGCUCUCUCAUAUUGACCCUCUUUCAAGUCAUAAAUGGACAGAACCAAAAACUGCAUCACCUCGAAAACAUAUUCCAGUGCACCUGUGGACAAAGGCUGAUAAAGAAGACAGCCAUGACUCACAGUUCGAGUGGAAAAAACCUAGAAGCUCUCCCCUAAAAAAACUAACCUCACAGAAGUCAUGCAGAGCGGUUGAUGAGGACAGUCUGGCCAUGUUGUUCACCCAGGACUCUGAGGGCUUCAGGGUGAUAGCGCACAGAGGUCUGCAAACCAGGAGUCCACUCAAAGAUCAGAGUAACAUAAACACUGGAACGGUGAGAACUAGUGCUUACAAAUCUCUGGUGGAGGAGGACGAGGAAGACGAGAUGCUCUUUACUCAAGACUCUCAGGGAAAUCUGGUGAUCAAACACUGAAAGCAGCUUUUGACUCAGUAGCAGGAGUCUUAUGUUGUUAUAGUCUGGCAGUGGAUAAUUGCUCUCAACUUUUUAAUGUCAUAUAGAUGUUUUUCCCUGUUUCAUCUUUAGAUCUUGUAUUUUCCUGGAGGUUUUAAUAAUAUUUUCUUCCUCUUUCGGUCUCUAAUGCGGAAAUGUCGUACAAGGUGCAACUCUCUCGUGCAACAACACCAACAAGCAAGAACUGAGGGUUUUGAUUUUAUUUGAAAAAUGAUACACAAUUACAUCAAAUUGUUUUCAUGUAAAUUAAAAGUUUGGAAAAGUA